UACAUUUGCACAAAGCAUCUCUUCCAAGAUCUUUCCUUAGAUCUAAACAGAGAAACCAAAAAAAACACAUACACACUAAUAACUCAGCAGAUCGAUCAACAAUGGCGACUGGAGCAGCGGGAGACGGGAUAUUCGGGAACGUAUUCGGUGGAACCAUAUCAACCGACGACAUGGGCAUACAACACCGUCCGUACCAUCGCAACUGCACAUGUGCACUUCAUAAAUCCAAUGAAAAAAACAAUAAUUCAUCCUGUCAUCAUCCUCAUGGGUGUUCUCCUAAAGUAUCAUAUCCUGUCAGAAGAUCAUGGAGUGAAGGCUGUUUAGUUGCAAUGAUGACGUCAUCACAACCUUCUCCUGGCUCUUCUCCUUCUCCGCCGCCGGCGCCGACUGGUGCUCCGAGGUUGCCGCCACAUGCACCUCACCAUCGUUGAUAUAUUUGCUAGGUCUGAUGAUAUGUGUUUUGUUAGGUUGUUUUGAUUAAUUAAAAUGGAAUUGAAUCUAAUGAGUCAUAUGUACAUCCCUUUGAUCUAUAUCUAUUACUGUAGUUUUUUUUUUUUUAUAUUAGUUUUUCUUUUUAAUAAAUUUUUUCGUUUUUUUCAAUUUUAUAUUAGUGGAUCUGUAAUCUUUUUGUGUAGUUAAUUGAUCGAAUUUAGGCAUCUGUCUCUUUAA